AUGCAAAAAAUCAAAUCUCUUAUGACCCGACAGGGUCUGAAAAGCCCUCCGGAGAACCUUAGUGAUCUUGGUGCCAUUGAGAGUCUCCGGGUCCCUGGAAAGGAGGAAUUCCGAGAACUUCGAGAACAGCCUAGUGACCCUCAAGCUGAACAAGAACUAAUUAAUAGUAUUGAACAAGUAUAUUUUUCUACGGACUCAUUUGAUAUUGUUAAAUAUGAGCUGGAGAAGCUCCCUCCUAUUCUCAAUUUGCAAGAAUUAGAGGAGUACAGAGACAAAUUGAAACAACAACAAGCUGCAGUCUCUAAAAAAGUAGCAGAUUUAAUCCUUGAAAAACAGCCUGCUUAUGUAAAGGAACUUGAAAGAGUUACCUCAUUACAGACAGGUCUUCAGUUAGCUGCUGUCAUCUGCACAAAUGGGAGAAGACACUUGAAUAUUGCCAAGGAAGGUUUUACUCAAGCUAGUUUAGGCCUUCUUGCAAAUCAAAGGAAACGUCAGUUGCUGAUUGGACUUCUGAAAUCUCUGAGAACCAUAAAAACAUUGCAAAGAACAGAUGUGCGCUUAAGUGAAAUGCUAGAGGAGGAAGACUAUCCAGGAGCUAUUCAGUUGUGCCUGGAAUGUCAGAAAGCCGCCAGCACUUUUAAACAUUAUAGUUGCAUAAGUGAAUUGAAUUCAAAGCUUCAAGAUACUUUAGAACAAAUUGAGGAGCAGUUGGAUGUAGCUCUUUCCAAAAUCUGCAAGAAUUUUGACAUUAACCAUUACACCAAGGUUCAGCAAGCUUAUCGACUUCUUGGAAAAACACAGACAGCAAUGGAUCAACUUCACAUGCACUUCACUCAAGCCAUUCAUAAUACUGUGUUUCAAGUUGUUCUUGGUUAUGUGGAACUAUGUUCAGGAAACACAGAUACAAAAUUCCAAAAGCUGCAAUAUAAGGAUCUCUGUACACAUGUUACCCCAGACAGCUAUAUUCCAUGCCUUGCAGACCUGUGCAAAGCACUGUGGGAAGUUAUGCUCAGCUAUUACAGGACUAUGGAAUGGCAUGAAAAGCACGACAAUGAGGAUACUACUUCUGCUGCUGAAGGGAGUAAUAUGGGUACUGAAGAAACUAAUUUUGAUCGUGGCUACAUAAAAAAGAAAUUGGAACAUGGACUUACACGAAUAUGGCAGGAUGUUCAACUAAAAGUAAAAACCUACUUGCUUGGAACAGAUUUGUCUAUAUUUAAAUAUGAUGAUUUCAUCUUUGUUUUGGAUAUAAUCAGCAGGUUGAUGCAAGUUGGAGAAGAAUUUUGUGGUAGCAAAUCUGAAGUUUUGCAAGAGUCCAUCAGAAAACAAAGCGUCAAUUAUUUUAAGAACUACCAUAGGACACGGCUUGAUGAAUUGAGGAUGUUUCUAGAGAAUGAGACCUGGGAGCUUUGUCCUGUUAAGUCAAAUUUCAGCAUUUUGCAACUUCACGAAUUUAAAUUCAUGGAACAGUCUCGUUCCCCAUCAGUUUCACCUAGUAAGCAGCCAGCCUCAACUUCUUCAAAAACAGUGACCUUGUUUGAGCAGUACUGUAGUGAUGGGAAUCCAUUUGAAAUUCAGGCCAACCAUAAAGAUGAAGAAACAGAAGAUGUCCUGGCUUCUAAUGGGUAUGAAUCUGAUGAACAAGAAAAAAGUGCCUAUCAGGAGUAUGACAGUGACAGUGAUGUUCCUGAGGAGCUAAAACGAGAUUAUGUGGAUGAACAGACAGGUGAUGCACCUGUGAAAAGCGUUUCUAGGGAAACUUUAAAAAGCAGGAAGAAAUCAGAUUACAGUCUAAAUAAAGUGAAUGCACCCAUCUUAACAAAUACAACACUGAAUGUAAUAAGACUUGUUGGUAAAUAUAUGCAGAUGAUGAACAUUCUUAAGCCAAUUGCCUUUGAUGUUAUCCAUUUCAUGUCUCAGCUAUUUGAUUAUUACUUGUAUGCAAUAUAUACCUUUUUUGGUCGAAAUGAUUCACUGGAAUCAACAGGACUAGGCCUUAGUAGUAGUAGACUAAGAACAACUCUUAACAGAAUACAAGAAAGCCUUAUCGAUAUGGAAGUUUCAGCAGAUCCUACUGGCACACUCACAGCAGCAGAAGAGAGAAAGGAGAAGGUACCAAGCCCACACCUUAGUCACCUAGUGGUUUUGACAUCUGGGGAUACAUUAUAUGGGUUGGCAGAAAGAGUGGUCGCCACAGAAUCCUUGGUAUUUUUGGCUGAACAGUUUGAGUUCCUUCAACCCCAUCUGGAUGCUGUGAUGCCUGCAGUCAAAAAGCCCUUUCUUCAGCAGUUUUAUUCACAGACAGUCUCAACUGCCAGUGAACUACGCAAGCCAAUUUAUUGGAUUGUAGCUGGUAAAGCUAUUGAUUAUGAACAGAUGCUGCUCCUAAUGGCUAAUGUGAAGUGGGAUGUGAAAGAAAUUAUGUCACAGCACAACAUAUAUGUAGAUGCCCUGCUGAAGGAAUUUGAGCAGUUUAACAGGAGGUUAAACGAGGUUUCUAAGAGAGUUCGGAUACCCCUACCUGUGUCUAAUAUACUUUGGGAACACUGUAUACGGCUGGCUAAUAGAACUAUUGUGGAAGGAUAUGCCAACGUCAAGAAGUGCAGUAAUGAGGGUCGUGCCUUGAUGCAAUUGGAUUUUCAACAGUUUUUAAUGAAACUUGAAAAACUAACAGAUAUCAGACCCAUUCCUGAUAAAGAAUUUGUGGAAACCUAUAUUAAAGCCUACUAUCUAACCGAGAAUGACAUGGAACGCUGGAUCAAAGAGCACAGGGAGUACUCAACGAAGCAGCUUACCAAUCUGGUAAAUGUUUGCCUGGGAUCCCAUAUCAAUAAGAAAGCAAGACAAAAACUUCUAGCUGCUAUAGAUGAUAUAGACAGACCCAAAAGAUAA